AUGGCUGCAGGAACUCUUACUCUGUCUUCUAAGCUAACCCCAUUUCCCUAUUCUGCGAUUGCUAUCGCAGCUUACACCGAAACAUCAGAAAUAGUUUACGACGAAGCGGCGAUUAGCGUCCUGCUAAAUCUUAAUGGAUCGAAAAUUGAUACAGAGGAAGAAAUUGUUCACGCUUUGGCAAAAGCUGGAGGGCUGUCUGAGGACAGUGCAAAGGCAGCAUUAUUCUUUGCACUUGCAAAAACUCUACGUACUGUCACUGCUGUCCCAGAGAUCGUGACCGGAUUAGAUUCUCUCGACGACCAUUUGGCAUGGCGCACAUUUCUCGUUGGCCAUAAUAUCACAUCGGCCGAUUGGAUUAUUUGGGGUGCUUUAAAAUCAAGCACCAAAAUCAUCGGGCUGCUUAAGAAUGGGAAACACGCUCAUCUAACCCGUUGGAACACUUAUCUUGAGUCUCUUGAGUCUACCCAAGCUGCGCUUGCGGGCCUCACUGCAGCCAAGGCAAACAAAGCACGGGGUACUAAAGUUGCAGCCGGGUUUGCCCUAGGUCUGGAGGGUGCUGAAAUGGGCAAGGUCGUCACCCGUUUUCCUCCUGAGCCCAGCGGCUACCUUCAUAUUGGACACGCCAAGGCUGCUAUGUUGAAUCAAUACUUUGCGAAGAUGUAUGAAGGAAAGAUGAUCAUUCGAUUUGACGAUACCAACCCAUCUAAAGAGAAGACUGAGUUUGAAGACACCAUCCUUGAGGAUUUGGAACUCCUCGAAAUUCGGGGAGACGUCGUUACCCACACUUCGGACUACUUUGAUCAACUUUAUGAUCUUGCCAUCAAGAUGAUUGAAAUUGGAAAGGCUUAUGCCGACGAUACUGAAAGAGAGCAGAUGCAACACGAGAGACGAGAAGGUAUUGCCUCUGCCCAUCGUGAUGACAGUGUUGAAGAGAAUCUCAAGCAUUUCGCCGAGAUGAAGACUGGCUCCACCGAAGGCUUAAGAUGGUGUGUACGUGCAAAAAUGAGUGUCGACGAUCCCAACAAGGCGUUGCGGGACCCUGUAAUCUACCGAUGCAAUCCUCAACCUCACCACCGUACAGGCGAUAAAUGGAAGAUUUACCCUACAUACGACUUCGCUUGUCCGGCUGUCGACUCCAUCGAGGGUGUUACUCAUGCACUGAGGACCAACGAAUACCGUGACAGAAAUCCCCAAUACUGGUGGAUGAUAGAUGCACUAGGUUUGCGCAAGGUCAAAAUCUGGGAUUUCAGUCGCUUGAACUUCAUCUACACUUUACUAUCUAAACGCAAAUUACACGAGUUUGUCAACAAUGGUCAAGUCCGCGGUUGGGAUGAUCCUCGGUUCCCCACCGUUCGUGGAAUUCGUCGACGUGGAUUAGCCGUUGAGGCCCUGCGACAAUUCAUGCUGCUGCAAGGCCCGUCGCAAGCCAUUGUUUCACUCGAGUGGGACACCAUCUGGGCACUCAAUAAGAAAGUUAUCGAUCCCAUCGCUCCUCGUCACUGGGCUAUCCUCGAGGACAAGAAGGUAACUGUGACAAUCAAAGGUGGACCUUCCGCUGUCGAGGUCAAAAUUUUGCCCAAGCACAAAAAGAAUCCUGAUGUAGGCGAGAAAAAGACGGUGUACUCAUCGACGGUCUUGGUUGAUCAGGAGGAUGCUAAAUCAUUUGAGGAUCAGGAAGAGAUUACCCUCAUGGACUGGGGCAAUGCCAUCGUCAGAUCCAAAUCUGUUGACGCGACUGGUAUCGUGAACUCAAUUGAGAUGGACCUACACUUGGAGGGAGAUUUCAAAAAAACCAAAAAGAAAAUCACCUGGCUCUCCCAAUCUACUUCUGAAUAUCCGCUGAUUCCUGUUACCCUCCUCGAUUACGACUAUCUUAUCACAAAGAAAAAGCUCGAGGAAAACGACAAUAUCAAGGACUUCAUAACUCCCGUCACCGAGUUCAGAGAAUCCGCGCUAGCAGACGCCAAUGUUAGGGACCUUAAAAAGGGCGAUUACCUGCAAUUCGAGCGGAAAGGUUAUUUUAUCUUUGACGGCGAGAACAAAGAGGAUGGAAGAUUGGAGUUCAUAAGGAUUCCGGAUGGAAAAGCGGCAAAUCUUGCUAGUAAAGCUGCACCAAGCUCACAGGCUGUUCCUGCAUCUGCUGAAGGGUCCCAAUCGUCUGUGACAGACGGUGGUCCUGUCAUUGGGGAUCCCGAGAGUGUGACAAAGAUGUACAAGAUGGAUAAGGUGUAUGGAGUCAACGUCAAUCUCGAAGGCCCCGCCACGAAAAUGUACAAAAUGGAAAGUAUCUAUAAUGUAUAA